AUGAUGCUCAGGAGAAAUGUCUACAAAGUUUUCCGCAUUGGGCUAAUUCUGGUUAUUGCCUACAAUCUCCUCCUGGUAUUUUAUACCAAGGUGACUUUACAAAAGUUGAUUCAGGAUAGUCUCCAAAAAGAGCUUCAUUUGCCUCUGUCUAAAUGGAACUGGACGGUGAUAAAGAGACUCUCUCACUUGGAGAUGGAUUUGCAGCAUCUAAAAGAAAGUAUGAAAUUGGCAAUGAGGCAACAAGAAAAUGUGGACAACACACCGGGUAGGGUGGAAGCCAAGGCGAGUGAGACAGAUAACCACAAAUGCAGAGAGAAACUCUCCCCGAAUUCACCGCUUUUCAAGCACUGGGGUGAGGACCUUUCUGAGACCCAGCAGAAAAAGGCACAGGACCUCUUCUGGAAGUUUAGUUACAAUGUUUACCUCAGUAACCAGUUGCCCCUCAAUCGUCCCAUCCCAGACACACAAGAUUCCAGAUGUCUUCAGAAGACAUAUUCUUCACAACUCCCAUCCCUCAGUGUCAUUCUCAUAUUCAUGAAUGAAGCUCUGUCCAUUAUACAGGGGGCUAUCACCAGUAUCAUCAACCGGACUCCAUCUCGAUUUUUGAAGGAGGUCACCUUGGUGGAUGAUUUUAGCUCAAAUGGUGAACUAAAGGCAAACUUGGAUGAGAAGAUAAGGCUUUACAACCAGAAGUAUCCAGGACUACUGAAAACAGUACAGCAUACCAAGAGAAAAGGUCUUGCUCAAGCACGCAACACUGGCAGAGAAGUGGCCACGGCUGAUAUGGUUGCCAUUUUGGAUACUCAUGUUGAAGUAAACGCUGGGUGGGCGGAGCCCAUCCUGGCUCAGAUUCAGGAAGACCACACUGUGAUUGUGCCUCUUGUGUUUGAUAACAUUCAUUUUGACACCUUCGAACUGGGUAAGUAUGAUUAGCAGUUGAUGGGUAACUGGAAACUAUGGUGCCGCUAUGAUCCACUGCCAAAGGCCUGGACUGACCUGAAUGAUGUCACCGCUCCAGUGAAGAGUCCUUCCAUCAUGGGCAUCCUGGCUGCCAACAGGCUCUUCUUGGAAAAGAUCAGAUCUCUGGAUGGUGGUAUGCUGGUCUAUGGAGGAGAGAAUGUGGAACUUAGCCUGAGGGUAUGGCAGCGUGGAGGGAGAAUAGAGGUCUUGCCCUGCUCCCAGAUUGCUCACCACCACAAGCCCUAUGCCUUGGAUCUGCCUCACGCUUUGAAGCGCAAUGCUCUGAGUGUGGCCGAAAUCUAGAUGGAUGAGUAUAAAGACAUGGUCUACCUGGCCUGGAACAUACUUCUCUAGAACUCUGGAAUCGAUUAUGGAGACAUUUCUUCCAGGAUGGCAAUCCGGGAGAAACUGAAAUGUAAAACUUUUGACUGGUAUCUGAAAAAUGUUUAUCCAGCCCUGAAGCCAAUCCACAACAUUGUGGGCUAUGGAAGAAUGAAAAACCCAUUGGAUGAAAACGUCUGCCUGGAUCAGGGACCUAUUCCAGGCAACACCCCCAUCAUGUAUUACUGUCAUGAAUACAGUAUACAGAAUGUCUAUUACCACCUAUUCUAUGUGGGAUCACGGAUUGCAGAGGAAGAUGCUGAUGAUCACUGCCUGACAGACCCUGGCACUGGGAUGAAGCCCACUUUAGAGCCAUGUUCCAAAGCAGCCAAAAAUAGACUGCACAUAUACUGAGAUUUUAAACCGGGAAGAGCUGUCAUAAACAGAGACACCAAACGAUGUCUGGAGAUAAAGGAGGACACUUCUGGUUUCUUUAUGCCUGUGCUUCAGAACUGUAUGACACAAAUAUGGACAACUGAGCAUAUUGUCCAAAACUGA